GGGCGAAAAAUUAAAACCAAACGUCACUUGGAAAGCCGAACAACCGCCGUUCGGUUCGCAGCUGAGCGGAGUAGAGCAGCAGCACCAGCAGCAGCAGCAGCAGCAGCAUAAUAACACUCCUUAACGCGACCGUUAGUUUAGUCGCAGUCUUUAGUCUCGAGCUGACGCACACACACUGUUCCCGGGGGCCGGCCAAUCGGUGUGUAUCGGCUUUUUGUAGCGUUGCUGGUGCCGGUUUUACGGGAUUGUCGGGUGCUGCGGUUGUUGUUGGACGGAUCGCUCACCGGGUGCUGUGUGGAAUAAAAGACGACGGAUAAUCGGACAUAUCCUUUGGUCCUUUAGUUCUUUGGUGGUGAAGUAGUUUUGUGUGAGUGUUUGUGAUUGUGUGCUGUGAACCCUUUUCGGCGGAAGGACACCGAAUUUUGGGAUCGUCGAGCAGCAAGACGCCAGCUGAUUUCGUUCAAUCCGGUGUGUGUUGAUUGUUUAAUUGAGCGCCUUCGGUUUGCUGCAGCGUUACAUUGACAGUGAAAGUGUUCAACUUCCGGGCAAAGGCAAUGAAUCGUGGAAGGUGAACGGAACAGUUUGAAGUUAAGCUUGGUGAGUUUGCCAAGCAAAAGGAAAAGGAAAAAAAACAAAAGAUUAAUGUGCCGGAUUAAGGAGAAGAAUGUUAAACAACCUGGUGGAAGUGUAAUAUAAGUUGUUUCAAUCAAGUGUCCGAGUAGCAGUUUUGGGUUGGGAUAUGUGGAUGUGAAUAAUUUAAGUACUUAGUAGGAAUUCCCUGUACCCGUGCGCUUAGCAUAAAACUACAAUUACGCUAAUUUCUUAACUUGCGGCCAGCACUAACUUGGGCAGUGGAGUGAAGGAAGAGGUAUCUCGCCCACGUGAAGUCUCGGGCUCGGUGUGUAUGUCGGGAACGCUGUGAAACCGAUGCUAAUGUGAUUGUCAAAGCGUGGCCACACGUCGUCGUCCGUUCACUGCGCGUUGUUGUGCUACUCAUUAACGCUUCCGUGGAGUAAUAUCGUCGCCUACUGCUUCUUGACGCGCGCGCGAUAGUUUUUAUGUAUUUUUCACGCAUCAUCAUCAUCACGCGCGCUGUCAUCGACAGACGAAGAAGACGUAUCCGCUAGCAGCGGUAAGUGCAGUCGGAUCGGUUGUUGUGAUUCAGCCCGGAAAAGGAAGGGGUUGCCGUGAAACAGCUACAUCCCAGCGAGGAACGUUCGUCAGCGCCAGAGCCCGUGAGCCAGACAGCACUUGUUCCUCGGCGAUGAUGUACCCACUUUCGGCGAUGCUUUGCUGAGACGAAACGAUGGAAUAUGGAGGACGGUGGAGCGGACCCCGAGAACAACAAUAGUAGCCACUGUGGAAUGUUAGGAAUCAGCAUGCCAUGCGAAGGAGCCGGUCAUGACUUUAGCACCGUCCGGAAGGAACUGGAGUACGCGAACGCGAUCGCCGCGCACUACGGCGCCACGGACAAGGGUGAUCGAAUCAUUAGCUAUAAAAUAGAGAAUAGAAGACGAAGCGAUCACUGUAGCCGGUCGAACAGUCCAUUUCUGAGCCCGACCUCAACCGAUCUAGACGGCCGGUGUAGUAAUAGCAGCAACAAACCGGCCGGAAUCCUGCGUACCGCCCAGGACAAGAUGUCACCACUCUCGAUGCCCACCGGUCCGAGUGCGACCUCGACGACAGCAGCUGCCGCCGCCGCUGCCGUGGCUGCCGCCCAAGUACACCUUAAUGGAACUAUGCAAGACAUGUUAAAUCUACAGAAACUUCAGAGUCUAGCACAGCUAACGGGGGCGAGCGUGUUAGGCCCGAGCCUGGGACUCCCGACGUCUCCUCUGCUGGGGAAUUCGCCACUCAACCUGAGCUUGUCGGGUCAAAAUCACAGCCCGCAGGUAUUGGGGUUAGGGCCGGCGGCACCAAUUGCGGCGGCCGCACCUCAGAUGCCACAGCUGCUGUUGGCGUCGGGACAGAUUAUGCAAGGAAUCCAAGGUGCCCAGUUGCUCAUACCGACGUCUCAAGGUAUUGCCACCCAAACGAUCCUCACGAUCCCGGUCGGCCAGCAGGUGAUAUCGAACAUGAGCAGUGAAGCCCUGCUGCAGUCGUUGAACUUUAACAAUUCACUCAGCGAAACGCUUAGCUCACAGGCGGCUCAAGCGGCCGCUGCUGCUGCCGCCGCUAGCGGUGGCCUUUUUGUGACUCCCCGCGAUGCUACGGGAUCCUCCAGCUCUGGGUUGCUUUCGACGCAAUUGCUCGCAUCCGCGGGAGGACAUUCCCUGCAGCAAUCGCAACAACAUUCCCCCAAAGGUUUGCACUACGCCAACCAUCACCACCAUCAUCACCAUCACCUUGGAGAUGUGAAGUUUAAGCCAAACUCCACCUCGUCCUCGUCGGCCACUUCGGCUUCCGGUUCGAGCUGUCUGCCCCACGAUACCCACCGGCAAUCCAGUCACUCGUUGUCGUCCUCCACCGCCUCUAACUCUCUCGGACAUGCGACAGGUGGUCGCAUGACGCCUGACAUCCAGCAUCGGACGAAGCUACAAUCCGGUGACUCUCCGAAGCGGAUCUCACUGGCCACGUCUUCUCCGCCAGUGUCAACGCUCAGCCGGCCCGCUAGUUAUGCUUCCUGUUCGUCCUCACCUUACGAGAAAUCGAUACCGAUGAAGCGUACCCUUUCUCCGCCGGCCACCCUGAACUGCACCACUCCGGGCAGCAGUAGUGGCCACUCUAGUAACGGACAUCUGCAGGUGAACGUUCCCGGCGGUGCCAUCAGUGCAACGAGCCCUCGGUCUCCCUCGGACAGUGCAAUCAACAGACUUGGUCUACCGAGUGGCAGCGAUCUGAUCGCAUCCAAAUCGAAGCUAUCGCCUGCCGGGUCGUCUAGCUCCGGUCUAGCUCUACCCAAGGAACAAUCGUCUACUCAUCCCCACUCGUCCGUCUCACCGCUCCACAAUCACUCCUCCUCUGGACCAUCUGCACCAGGAUCGACCGGUAGACCCGGGUCCUGCGAUCUGGAGCUGAUAGAGCAACAUCAGCAGCAGCAGCAGCAGCAUCACCGAGCACCAUCGGUUGACGACCUGGAGCUAGACAAACCAUCCACCGUCGGCAGUAGCGGCAGCACGGCCGUACAUCAACUUCAGAAGCGACCACAUCACAGUGCAACCAGCACGCCACCGCCCAAACUGAGUCCUGCUGGGUCCGCCGGCAGAUUAUCGCACAGCGACGAUGACGACGAUGAGGCCUCGAAUCACGAGUUUCUGGAAGAGCAUCCAAAUGAGUUAACAAUCAAUCAAACUAAUUGCAACGUGGUGGACGGUAUCGAUCUGGACGACAUCAAGGAGUUCGCCAAGGCGUUCAAACUGCGGCGACUGUCGCUCGGGCUCACGCAAACCCAGGUCGGUCAGGCGCUGUCCGUUACUGAGGGACCCGCUUACAGCCAGAGUGCCAUCUGCAGCGCACUAGCCGCCCAGAUGUACUGUGCAGCGCAACUUUCAUCGCAGCAGCAGCAAAUGUUUGAAAAGUUAGACAUUACACCCAAAAGCGCACAAAAAAUUAAACCUGUGCUCGAGCGCUGGAUGAAGGAAGCGGAGGAAAGUCAUUCGUCUAGGUACAAAUCGGGCCAAAACCACGUGCCAGACUUUAUCGGUGUGGAACCGUCCAAGAAGCGGAAACGAAGGACAUCCUUUACGCCGCAAGCGCUCGAGCUGCUGAACGGUCACUUUGAACGGAACACACAUCCUUCCGGAACUGAAAUAACCGGCCUAGCCCAUCAGCUCGGUUACGAGCGGGAAGUUAUACGCAUCUGGUUCUGCAACAAACGCCAAGCGCUCAAGAACACCGUGCGGAUGAUGUCCAAGAGCUUCAAGAUGGAGAAUACUUAAACCCGCGUCAACAUCCUUUGCGGACGACGGAUGGUGGGAGUCGAACGAACGCGACUUCGAUCGCGAACCAUAGCCAUAUAACGUAAGGUGCCAUUCCGAUAUUGAGUAUGUAUACAUAUGUAGGAUACGUAGCAUGAUACUAGGACGUACGAUCUAAUUGUGGAGAUUUGUGGAGGAAGGAAUUGUUUUUUCUUCUCUUUUCGUUAGUUACUUUCUUGUCGACGACCCCUCACCCUGACAAAACAGUAGCUUUGCACUGCUGAACAAAGGUAUUCGGGAUGGAUAGCAAGACUUGUUUAAAUCUUCCGAGUCUGCUCAUUCUCUACCGCUUUCCGUGUUAGUUUCCAAACAGAAACCCUCAAAACCACCCUUUCAAGAUAGGUUUCGGUUUAGCAAAAGCUCUCCUUUUUUCGUAUAAUUGCUUCGCAUCUUGUGUGAACUCGUGAAACCAAAGUUCCUAAUCUUUAUAGUAAGACAACCAGCACACAGACACAAGAAUGAAACAGGCAAAACCACUGCAUCCACUGAAACUACCCGCAGAGUCCUUAAGCAAAACUCAACUGAUCCUUCUCUAACUCAUGCGAAGAGGACAUCACAUCGGACAUGUUACAUUACAGGAAUACAUCAAAAUUAGCGAUCGUUGUAAAAUACUUCUUCAGACCACUGUACACGUAAAUCCAACCAUAGCCAUGAGUGUGUAAUAAUUAUAUAAAAAGACAAGCCGUUACACAAACAAAGCAGAGCAGAAAGUCCAGAUCCAGAAGACGUUUACAGAACGUUUUGCAGUUUGUUUCCUAUACCUCUCAACAGCACAGAUUGUACAAGCAGCCAGCUCCUCAUCACCUACAUGUGUGUAUUACUUUAUGCCAGCAAACUUUUUUGUUGAAACAGAUAGAAAGAGAGGCAUUUAUGUAGUCAGCAAAAGCCAGUGUUUAUUGUAAAACCGACAGUCCAUCACACGAGAAGCUUAGAGAUGAAGAUGUAAAUGUAUGGAUUUAUGUUGAAAACAUUAACGUUUGUCCCUGCAAACUCAUGCAACGCGAAGAAUCUAUAUCUGUUGGUAGGAAAAGAACAAAACUGUGUCAAAUAGAAUAAAGGAACGAACUCCACAAGGAAGCAGGCAAAGAACACAAAGCACAUCAUAGAACGAGAGACAAAGCUAUAAGCACCUUAUACUAUUAAGACGUGAAUUACACAAUCUCAAACAGGAAACAAGAGGAAGAAAACUAUAACCGAUUCAAAAAGACAUCACAUCCGAAAGCAAAACAUAAAGCGCUGGAAUGUUUAGACAGAAAGAUGAGUAACGAGUAAACAAAAAACCAAUGCAUUUAAUUCUAUUACAAAAGUUUGAAAUAAAGGAACAAGUAAAAUCCCCCAGAGGCACAGCCACACACACAGACAAAUCGAGGAGAGAGAGAGAGGACGAGAUACAGAGAGAGAGAGAAAGAUCGUGGUACAGCUCAUUAUUAUCCGUCGUGUCGUGUUGUCAAGGUAACGAGGCAGUGUAAUCCGUGUAAAAACUGGCAAACAAACACACAAACACAGCAACAGUCAUUGGGCGGGUCGUCAUAUCAAGUCGAGCGUUAUAAUGUAAUAUUUAAGGUAAACCCUGUAAACCGAGAGUAAAUAAGUAAAAACAACACAAAAAAAACACAACAACUAAGAAAAUACAUUUUGCAAGCAA